UUCAGAUGCCACUGCUGUUGCUGUUGUGAUGAAUGGGAAUGACAGCACGCAGAAAGGAAGAUGAACCUUGAUUCUCUGGAGGGCUCGAUCCAGAACCUGCUGUCGGUGCUGUACCCGCCCUUUGAGGCCACCGCCCCCACUCUUCUCAGCCAGCUCUUCCAAAUCAUUGAUAGUCGUUAUCAGGGAGAUGCCCUCCGGUGCCUGCUGGACUUUCUGGUCCCAGCCAAGCACAUCUUAGACACUGUGCAGCAGGCUGCAUGUGCUCAGUACUCUGAUGUACUCUUCCUGUGUGAGGGUUGGCCUCUGUGUUUGCGUGACCAAAUUGUCGUCCACCUUGCUCCGAUCAACCCCCUGCUGCUUCAGCCUGGUGACUUUUACCUCCAGGUGACACCAUUUUGUGACCAGUCCGCUCGCAUUGUGGUCUGCAGCCUCCUGGAAGAGGAGGGGCUUGGAGUGGAAGUAGUCGAGGAGACCCCAGUCCCUGAAACUUCCUAUCCUUGCAUAUUCAGCUGUGAGUGGUUAAAGGAGAUCAACCAGGAUCGCCAUGGAACGCCUCUCAGCCAGUGCCUGCUUACCACCGAGCAGGGUGUGGUGAGGUUACCAUGGGAACGGGUGGCUGUGCCUGACUUUGUGGACGUGCCACAGUCCUCUGGGAGUAGUAUGGCCUCUGUUCCUUCUUCAUAUCCUCCUUUAUCACCUCCGCUUCCUCUUCCUCCACCUCUUACUCAUUUCUCUGAGAAUUCCUCAUCAAAUCGUUCAUUUCCUCUGUCUCCUGCAAAGGAAUCCGCACCAAAACACUGUAAUGUAACCAUUCAGAAUUCAAUUUUAGCAUCUUCUUCACAUCCCUCUGCCUUCUCUGUGGAGACCAGAAUAUGUCCAGCGAAGCACGGCAUCGCUGUGUCACUCUGCCUGGUGGAUACUAGUGCUGCUUCUUCAUCUAGGCUGGUCAAAGUGAAAGAAACUGAAACAGAACCUAAGCCUAUUGGCUGGGUGUCCCCAAAUACAUGGGACAGCCGCUUUACUGUGACAGAUUCAGACACAGCUGCAAAAACAAGUACAAAUUCGUGUAAAGGUGCAGACAAGAUUCUGAUUGUUUCUGAAAACACAGGCCAAGAUAAAAAUAAAGUCACAAACCCACAAGAUUCAAGCAGAGGCGGGCCAACAGACCAGGUGGCUGCAGAAGGGGAAUAUAUUGAUAUUUUACAGGCAACAAUGCUUUUUGCUAAAGCUCAGUCAGUAAGGGAAGAACAACAGAAAUCAGAAAUGCAAAUGCAACUGCACACACAAAUGGAAGCACAAAUGCAAAGAUAUCCACCGAGACCAGCACAAAUGCAACCACAUGCACAAACAGAGUCAUACAGGCAAACGCAAAGACAGCCAAACACACAAAUAUCACCUCAAGCACAAUCACAAGCACAUGUGCAGUUAACUACAAAACCACAAACACAUAGUCAUUCUAGAUCAGAGGCUCCUGUAUCAUUAAGGCCCAAUGUGUCUGCAGAAACAGGUCCUCCAUCUGCUCUCCACCAUUCCCAGUCACACCACACUCACCCUGACUCCCUGGAACCCUCUCAGUGUGUCCGCACUGUCCGGUUCUCAGAGAAACCGUGUACCCCGUGCAUGAGAAGGAGACAAGGUGGAAAGGUUUCCAGAGCUCAGGAGCUGAGGUGUCGAUACAGGGACUCCUACCAGGCUGCUUUACAAAACCCUGUCACCUUGGGACAGGAGAAGGAGAGGGGGAAUAUGUUAGCUGUGGUGGAGGAGGAUGGUGAUUUCUCACAGUGUGAUGACAGACAGAGGCCACCAGGGACUGAAACAGGGGACCCAUGGUGUAAUGUCCAAGGAAUGUGGUGUGAUCCUAGGAUCCAAAACCAGUCUCCUUUCUCUGUCAGUGGAGCAACCUGUAAGGAGUCAGGGGAAAAAAACACUGUUCCAUAUUGGAAACCAGGAGAUUCAAACACUGCCCCCUGUAUGGAGUACAGGGGUACGAAUCCUUUAGAAUAUGCUGAACUACCAAAACAGGCAACUGAAAACACCACUGUGCCGUUCGGGGAAACAGGGGGUGCACUCUCUUCCAGACCUUAUGGAAAUUUACACAAUGUGAGUGAGAAAAAUUCAGCAGCAGAAACGAGGAUAGACACUCAUAGAGAUUUGUCAAACUCAAAUGAUCCUAAACUGUCAGAUGUGAUCUCUGCCAAACGCCAUGGAUUGCCAUUUAGUUCUAGUGAAAUUUCAGGGAUGAGCAUGACCCUCAAGCGUUGUGAAAGAUUACCAAACAGAACCGGUUCCACAGAGAUGAGUCCAAACUUUUCUAAGUCUCCUACAGGACCACAAAAGAGACGAGAGCCCAUGUCAGAUGGAAGGUGUUCGUCCCUCUCCACAACGGUGGUGGACACCUCAGAGAAGUGUGAACUGGUCAUUGUUGAGGGUCAAAAUGUCAGGAGAAGAGAAAAUACUGAGUCCUGUGCAGAGAUUCCCCAGCUACAUGUGGUCAAAUGUAAAAACAGCACGGCCUUUGGACUGGUUUCACCCAAGAUCAACAGGAGGAAGAUGGUUAUUCCAGGUGGUGCUCAGCCUACUAGUACGUCCACAACCAGUAGAAAUUGUCAUCAGAUGGAAAACCUGUCGCAGACAGAUCCACCUUCAUCAGCAGAGCCACGGAAGAUCCCCCAGCCUGCCUCUGCUCGUCCCAGACCAGACCAUCUCCCCUUGGGAUCCCCAGACCCCAGAGCCCACCCCCUCUAUCUGGGAGUAGCAUCUCUCACCGGUGGCAGAGACAGGACAGGCAGGGCAAUAGUUGAGCUCUAUGGAGAUCACCAAGCAUGGAAAUCAGCUGUAACAAGCCAGGAGCUCUUCCAGAUGCUGCUCUACUUCCACUCCAUCACCAGGAGAGAAAUCAGAGAGGCUGGGAUGACUCUCAUUUUUGAUGCAAGGAAGACAAAUCCUCAGCCGCAGCUUUAUAAGGCCUUGAUGACUCUUCAGGAGCAGAGUCCUCAGCACGUAAACAUUCUGGUGCUGCUGGUGGACAAGGACAGCAGCCACCGGCCAGAGAGAUGUCCCGGGAUCCAGACUGACAUAGUGACAUCGAUGAAAGCCUUUCUGAAGUUGGUGGAGGUGAGUCAGCUGAGCUCCCGCCUGGAUGGCACACUGUCUCACAGCCACUGUGAUUGGAUGGAGCUGCACCAGAAACUCUUUCCAUUUGUAUCUGAUCUUCAUGAGGCGUCCAGCCUGCUGCUGAGAGCUAUCAGCAAGUUAGAGGAUCCCCAUAGGACGGACACUGUACAGACUGUGCAGCAAUGCAUGAUGGACCAGAGGACUCUGAUGAGGGAUGUAUUAGAGGACAGCAGACUGGUCAGCCUGCAGAGGGAGGGUGGGGCCAUCCUGGCAAGGCUGAGGAAGGAGAGCGACCUCAAAUACCCCCACUGCGAGACCCUCAGUGAUGCAGUGGACUCAGUGACCAGCCUGUACAACCACAUGGAGGAGCAGGCUCACAUCCUCGUGCAGAGGUCCAACAUCUCACUGGAACACCUGGAGUACCUGCUGCAAGUCAGAGAGAUGGAGGGACACUUCACCCAGAUGCAGCAGUGGUUAAAUGUAGAAGGAGAGCGCCACCUGCUGGAAGCUGAAUCAGUCGAGGACUCUGGAGACAGAAUGGAGCAGAUUCUCAACAGCUUCACUGGUUUCCUUAUUGAAGCUAAUGACCGAAGGCACCAUGCCAUGUCGUUAGUGUUAGAGGCAGAGCGGCUGCAGCGGAACGGGCUCUCUUACCCGGAGACAGAGACAUUCAGGACUCUUGUCUGCACCUUCAAGUCAGGCCUGGAGGACUUCCUGUGCAGGGCAGAGGCCUGUGGCAGAGAGCUGCAGAUCAUGGUCAACGUGUGUGACUUUUGUGAGCAGGCUGUGGCUCUGGCCAGUGAAUGCACUGAUUACCUGGACCAGAGUAAAACAAGUACUCAGCCCAUACAGCACCAAAACCAAGACCCUGGACCGAGCACCACCUCACUUUGCCAGUCUGAAUUCACUGCAGCACAUGGCUCUGGCUCAACCAGUACCAGUGCUUCACUGUCAGGCAAUGACAUCUCCAUCCUUCAGACGUUCCAAGACAGGUUCCUCCAGUUCAGCCCAGAGAGAUUUCAGGAGGUGAAGACCCAGGCCAGCACCCUGCGGGGCUCCAGGGGGAUGCGGGUGUGGAAUGCAGCCUGGCUGAGAUGUCAGGAGGCUCGGCAGCAGCUUCAGGAGAGGAUCCAGGAUGUGGAUGAAGUUUACCAUCAAAAACCAGAUUCCGGUAGCUGGUGUGAAUGUCAUUACGUUGACGUGGUGAGCACCAAUAUUCAGACAGCGUCGCCCGGUGGCCAGAGUCUGGUGGUGCAAUCGACCCCUGGGCCUCGGCACCCGCAGUGGGAGGGCAUCAUGUCAGGAGAGGUGGAUUUAGGGAAGAGGAAACCGAUUCUGGGCAGCAACAGCGCUAAUUCAACAAAUGUAGCCUGCUGUAACAUCAUCAUCAAACCUGAGGAUCACAGUGAUGCUGGAAGCAGCCAGGGGUCAAAGGUCACUCCACAGUCACCGCACAGAUCAGCAAGGAGGACAGAAAAAGAGACGAGGAGGAGGCAGGCGAGCAGAGCGAGGAGUGAGCGAGAUGCCGCUGCUCUGUCUCAGUCCCACACCGUCGGCUGCCAGUGGUUUCCAUGGGGACGAGGUCUCAGAGCGAGGUCGGUGAGUCAAGACUCGUGCACCGCAGGAGCAGCGACAGCAGGUUCAUCCACUCCUCCAGAGCAGCGGGUUCGACCCCCGUCAUCCUGCUCCCAUCAUGGUCAGCCAUCUUGCCGGAUUCUCAAGGAGGCUCAAAAGUUCCAGAUAUCCCGCCACGGGAGCUUCUGCUCAGAGGACUCCUGUUUGAGCGAGCGGGGCGCUGCAGGGGGUAAUGGGGCUUUAUGCUGCAAACACUCCAGCCUGCCCGUUGGGAGAUACGAGGGGACGUUUUGUUUGGCAAAUCCACAGGAAAGUGCCAGCAAUGCCCUGAGGCUGCAGCGAGUCCUGGAGGAGCUGGUGUUCACAGAGAGGGAGUAUGUCCGCUCUCUGGGCUACAUCCUGACCCAUUACCUCCCCCUGCUGGACAGACCAGACAUCCCCCAGGACCUCAGGGGCAAGCGAGGCGUCAUCUUCGGCAACCUGGAGAAGCUUUAUGACUUCCACAGCCACUACUUCCUGCCAGAGCUGGAGGCCUGCCAGAGGGAGCCAGCUAUGGUGGCCCGUUGCUUCCUCAGACAUAGUGAGAGUUUUGGCCUGUACUCUCUGUACAGUAAGAACAAACCUCAGUCAGACGCCCUCAUCCUGCACCGUCGCCAUGACAUCUUCAAGAGGAAGCAGCAGGAGCUGGGGGACAUGAUGGACCUUUCAUCCUACCUGUUAAGGCCCAUCCAGAGGAUCAGCAAGUACAGCCUCCUCUUGCAGGACAUGUUGGCUCUGGCGGGCUCAUACAGGCCAAAGGACAUGAUCCAGGAUACAGCGCUCACAUCUGAUGUGUGCACACAAAGCGUGUGUGGCCCCGGUGUGUAUGUGCCUGAUCUGACGAGCAGUGAGAGGGAGCGGGAGAGGGCUGAGAUCCAGGCUGCUGCAGACCUGAUUCGAUUUCAGAUGCGUCAUGGCAACGAUUUGCUCACCAUGGAUGCCAUCCAGGACUGUGAUGUGAACUUAAAAGAGCAGGGCCAGCUGAUUCGCCAGGAUGAGUUUACAGUUUUCUUUAGAAAGAAGAAGUGUGUCCGCCGCAUCUUUCUCUUUGAAGAUCUUAUCCUCUUCAGCAAGACCAAGAGGACAGAUGUUGGCAAUGAUGUUUAUGUCUACAAGCAGUCAUUUAAGACGAGCGACAUUGGGAUGACCCAUAACUCUGGUGUGAGCGGCCUGUGUUUUGAGAUCUGGUUCCGCAGGAGGAAGAGCGAGGACACCUACACCCUGAAGGCCUCCAGCAUGGAGGUGAAGAAAGCCUGGACCACCGACCUGGAGAGGAUCCUGUGGGAUCAGGCCGCUCACAGCAGAGAGUUACGUAUGCAGGAGAGGGUCUUCAUGGGAAUGGGCCGCAAGCCUUUCAUGGAUAUUCAACCCAGUGAUGCUGCAAUUUGUGACCGAGCCGUCAGCUGUGUCCUGCCUGGGAGAAUCCCUGUGGCGUGUUGUUCACACAGGGGCUUAGACUACCCACGACCACACUCUAUUGGCUCUGGCAGCACUGCAUCCACCACCCUCAGCCAGUCAUCUUCCUCCUCUGGCCGGGGCUCGCUGCCUCCUGCUGGUUAUCCUGGGAACCAGUCACAGGCAGUGGAAACCAGUCCCACCGUCUGCUCCUCCCCUGAGGCUGUGACUGACAAUGAAUUCAACAAUCAUCAUCUUCAUCAGCAUCAUCUUCAUCGUAACUGUGAACAGUGGAAAACUCAUUAUCCUCUGACGGACAGCACCGAAUCAUCUGGGGAAUGCAUUAACGUCUUCAGCAGCUCAGACCACAGCUGCCUGUCUGCCAUUGGUGGAGAGGUAGUGGACAACUCCUCUUCAUUUGUAUCUGACAGCUCAAAGGCACGGUCACCACCCUGUCGGAUCCCCAGCCUGAGGAGAAACAGCUCACCGAUGAUUGUCAGAAAGAAGCCAGGUAUCGCCCCCAGACCUCCACAUCUGGCUAAUGCUCAGAGCGAUGAAAUUUUAAUCCCAAAAUCAACAGAAGUAUAACUCUGGAUUCCCAGCAGAAAAUUAUCAGUCAGCUGAAGCUGUUCAGCCACUGCUGAAGAUCUUCUGGUCGCCCUGCAGGCAGACGGUUCAUCUGAGUGAAAAAAAAAAAUGUAUGGCAACAAAGUCAUGUGGCACUCAGCUUUGUCUGGUCACAAGGCCUGGUUUGCAUGUCAUUGCAACACAACACAGAAUAUGUGUCUUUGUCCGCAAUGCCCCAGCAGAAUCAUCUUCAUCCACAACCAUGUUUUUAUUUUUAUAUAGAACCAAUAUUACAAUGCAUUAAGCAUGUCAUGAAGAACAUAGAUUGGGAAUUGGGAUUCAUUUAUCUCCCACAAGCAAUUUCAGGAAAAACAAUUCACCUUCAUGAAAAGAUGAAGAAGAACCAGUUUUUCUUUCCCAGACUGUGUUCAGUGAACUAAUCGUGUGUUUUUAUAUGGUUAACUUUCUCUCCUGUCACAUUUGCCCACAUUACAAGUCACAUGGUGACUGACUAUAUGACUGAAACAUGCUCUUUGCAUAUGCAUUUAGUAAUGAGUCUCACUUGUACAAUUAUUGAUAUGCAGGGUUCAAAGAAGAGAUGGUUGUAUUUAUUAUUGUUGUGGAAAUCAGUAACUUGUGUGGAACAGACACAGAGGACCAGCAUCUGUAUUUGAGAGCAAACCACACAUGUGGGAGACCACCUGAGUCCUCAGACAAAUACAAAGCCUCUCUUUGUGUUACAUGCUCCUUUUUCAUUUGUUAGCUGGCAGCUGCUAGCUGCUUAAGAAGCAGUUGUAUCAGUAUUCUCUUGACAGCUGAACUACACUGUUUUGGUUACAAGAUUACAAGGGAAACCUAAUGGUGUCCAAGAUGCAGUUCAUGGCCAGAGCUAUCCACUGGCCAUGAGCCCAGGACUAGCUGCAGACCCAGACUUAAAGUUGAUGACUAUAAAUGGUGAAACAUGUGGAUACGUGUACAGAUAUGGAAAGGUAAAAACUAUUUGAUGGUGUAGUGAUUAAUAUAUGGUUGCCAGUUGAUAUAUAAAUAUAUGUCUAAUUUUGGGCCAUUUUUACACCGAUGCUGUCUUUCCAAACAUUUGGUCUUAUCUGUCUCACUCUGAGAUUCUUGCAGUAGUUCUAUAUUUAAUCAUUUACCAGGAGGGACAGACCACUCGCUAAUACGUUUUCAUAUCUGGAUUUCAGGUACUCUGUAACUGCUUCAUUUAAUGCAGAGAAAAGAUUUUCAGUGACUGAUUUAUAAUCUAGAUCAAAUAAGCAACACAAUCACUGCAUGCUAACAGACAAAAUAUGACUAUAUGCUUUAAGACAAAAACCACUUAUUGUUAUUUAGGGUCCACUAAUGGUUCCAGACUCAUCAGUGUUCCAGCUUCACCCACAUGAAAAUGACCAUUGCAAAAAAAAAGUGUUUUUUCCUGAUUAUUUAAAUGCUUUUUAAUGUAUAUUUAUGUUUUCUUAUGAAGUUUUUGAUGAAAAGUGUCAUUAUUGUUAUUGUCCAUGCAAAAUGUACAGUAUCCAAAUGGUGACAGGAGGCCAUCAUGUCAACUUCUAUUUAUUGUCUUUAAAACCACUGACUUUUUAUGACAUGUCAGAUACAUGUUUUUUCCCGUUUUCCAUAACUUUCUUUAUUACUUUCUUUAUUAUUUAGCAUUUUCUUUAAUGAAUGUGUAAUUUAUUU